AUGGCGGAUGUGACGACUGCAGCGGAGCCAGCUGUACAGGCGCCAGCGCAGGCACCAGCACAGGCAGCCCCAGCUGCGGCACCUGCGCAAGGUACAGCUGCAGCACCAGUUGGUCAAAGCCAAAUUGCACCGGGUUAUCCAUCUCAAUAUGGACAACCUCCAGGUUAUGGAGGAUAUGGCGGCUGUGGUUAUGGCGGAUACCAACCAGGAAUGCCUGGACAACCCAUGCCUGGGAUGCCAGGACAACCUGGGCAGAUGCAACCUAUACCGCCUCAAGAUAUGCGUCCUCAGUUGAAUUUCCGCACCGUGGUGCGCUGUUUCAUGGAGAUUGCUGCCAUCAUCCAGGGCUUUUCGCUGAUUCUAAUGAUGGGAAAUGGUUGGCUUCAAGAAAUGGGCUCCAAUGAAGAACAGCCAAUGAGGCGCUUUGCUGUAUGGCUUGGAAGCUCGGUACGUGGAGCUGUGUCUUCGUUGAUUCCCUUGGCUGCCUUUCGAAAACGCCAUAGGUCACUGGAGGAGAUUUGGGAUACACAACCAGCCCCACCACGUCCCACCAGAUGGUGGGUAGUGCUUGGGAUGGCCUACUUUGCUGCAUCCUUUUUGCAGGAAUGGAACUCCUACAGAAGAAUUCGGCAAACAGUGCAAAGAACUCCACCGUCAGGUGAAGGUAGUCGAGGAAGUGCCAGUGCAAGUAACCUUUUGGACUUCUACAUGCAGAAGCAGCAAGAACUUCAUAGACAGAAGACCAGACAAGGCGCCUCAGAUCCACCAGGUUCAGAAGCUGUGAAAGCACCAACUGGGCCAGUGUAG